AUGGCUAUUGGGAUUGUCUUUUCCGGUAUUGCCGGUGCCACUAUCCCAGCGACAACAAUCAUAUUCGGAAAAAUGAUUGACUAUUUCGCAGAAUAUCAGACAGGAAAAAUCGAAAAAAGUUUUUUUAUUAAUGAAGUAAACCGCAAUGCAUUAUUUUUUGUAUAUUUUGCUAUAAUCGUAUUUUUCGCUACUUAUAUCUACAUGGCUGCUUGGGUAUACACUGGUGAAAGGUUAACGCGUCAAAUUCGAGAAAGAUAUUUGCGAGCAGUUUUAAGGCAGAAUAUUGCGUAUUUCGAUAAAUUAGGUGCUGGUGAAGUGACAACUCGAAUUACGUCUGAUACACAUUUAAUUCAAGAUGGAAUCAGCGAGAAGGUGUCAAUAGCUUUCUCGUAUGUUGCUCAAUUUGUAUCAGCCUUCGUUAUAGCAUUUACAAAAUCAUGGAAAAUGACUUUAGUAAUAUGUGUUGUAAUCCCAUUGUUGUCCAUAACGACUGCAAUAUUAAAUAAAUUCACUGCAAAAUAUAUGAAACGUUCUUUAGGAUAUUAUUCUAAAUCAGGUACUAUCGCCGAAGAAGCCAUAUCAACAAUUCGUACGGCCGUUGCCUUUGGAAUUCAGUCGAAGCUUUCGAAACUAUAUGAUUCAAAUUUGACUUUGGCGAAGAAAGAGGGCAUCAAGAGGAGCAUUUUAAACGGAGCGGGUCUUGGAAUCGUAUAUUUUUUCAUAUAUUCAACUUAUGCUCUUGCUUUUUGGUACGGAAGUACUCUUAUCUUGAGUGGAGAGUUAACAUCUGGGAUUGUCGUCAACGUAUUCUUUGCGGUACUUAUAGGAGCUUUCGCAUUAGCAAAUGUUGCACCAGAAUUACAAGCAUUCAGCUUCGCUACUGGUGCAGGUAGCAAAAUAUUUGAAACUAUAAACAGAAUACCACCCAUAGAUAUCGCAUCUGAAUCCGGUGAGAAAUUAGAUAACGUUGAAGGCCGAAUCCAAUUAAAGAACAUCUCUUUUAUUUAUCCCGCCCGACCUGAAGUGGUGACAUUAAAAAAAUUGUCUUUAGAUAUUGAAUCUGGUUCCACCGUAGCUCUCGUUGGUUUUUCCGGUUCCGGCAAAAGUACGAUUGUUUCUCUUGUUCUUCGUUUUUAUGAUCCUGUUGAAGGAGAAGUACAUCUGGAUGGACAUAAUAUUAAAGACCUGAAUCUAAUAUGGUUGAGAAGACAAAUGAGUUUAGUAGGACAAGAACCUGUGUUAUUUAAUAACACGAUUGCAGAAAAUGUGGCUCACGGAUUAAUUGGUUCAAUUUACGAAAACAUUGAAGGAAAUAAGAAACAAAUAAUGAUAGAACAAGCAUGUAGAAUGGCUAAUGCACAUGACUUUAUUAUUAAUUUACCAAAUAAAUAUGAAACUAAUGUAGGUGAACGAGGAUUUUUAUUAUCCGGAGGUCAGAAACAACGUAUUGCGAUUGCUAGAGCUGUUAUAAAAGAUCCAAAAAUUUUACUAUUGGAUGAAGCUACAAGUGCAUUGGAUACUCAAAGUGAAGGAAUUGUACAAGAUGCUUUGGACAAAGCUUCAAAAAAUAGAACUACAAUUGUUAUAGCUCAUCGUCUUUCCACUAUUAAAAAUGCUACAAAGAUUGUUGUGAUGAAUCACGGCGUUAUAGUGGAAAUCGGAACGCAUGACGAAUUGAUGUCUAAAAAAGGAAAUUAUUAUAGAUUAGUUGAGGCACAGCAAAUUCAACAAGCAAAAAAAGUUGAAGCAGCAAAUGGUUCAUUACCUCCAGAAGAUUCGGAUGUAUUACUAACGGCAAGAAAGGAAGACAUCAUCCCAGAAGAAGAUUACACAAUUGGACGUGUGAUAACAAAUAAGAGUUCAUCUUCUGCAAUAUUGGCUAAGCGAAAAGAUGAUUUAGAGGCUGCAACGAAAUUUGAUUAUGAAUUUACUACAAAAGAAUUAAUACGAAAAGUAGCAAAGAUCAAUUCGCCAGAAAUCUCAUGGAUCACUAUUGGAUUAUUUGCUUCCAUUGUUUGUGGAAUCGUAUAUCCGAUUUUUGCUAUUAUUUUUUCUAAAAUCAUACAAAGCUUCUCAAAACCUGCUGAUGAAUUACAACACGAUGCAAAAUUUUGGUCCAUGAUGUUUUUGGUUAUCGCGGUUAUAGUAAUGAUCGCAAGCUUUGUACAAGGGAGCUCGUUUGGAUUUUCCGGUGAAAAUCUUACUUUACGAAUUCGUUCAAUGUCAUUUGCAGCAAUCCUUCGACAAGAUAUUAGUUUCUUCGAUGAUGAAAGUCAUAAUGUUGGAGCUUUAACAAGUGCUUUGUCAUUGGACGCAACACUUGUAAAUGGUAUUGCUGGGGUAACUUUUGGCACCAUUUUACAAGUGAGCACUACACUCGUAUCUGUGUUGAUCAUAGCUUUUAUUUUUGGUUGGAAAUUGACGCUCGUUUGCUUGGUUUGCAUUCCUUUAUUAGUUGGUUCAGGAUUGUUACGAAUAACGAUGUUAGACGGUUUCCAAAAGAAAACCAAAAAAUCUUAUGAACAUUCAAGCCAAAUAGCUUGUGAAGGAGCUGGAAAUAUCAGAACAGUUGCUGCUUUGACACGUGAAGAAAAUUUAUGGAAUGUUUAUCAUAAAUUACUAGACGAACCAAUGAAGCAAGGAUUUAAAAACGCUUUCUUUGCUAGCAUAACAUUUGCUUUCGCACAGUUCGCUAAUGGAGAAUACAAUUUAGAAAAAUUUUUUGUUGUAUUUAUGUCUAUCAUGUUCGGAUCCAUGUCUGCGGGACGUGUUUUCGCCUUCGCUCCAGAUAUGUUGAAGGGGAAAUCCGCGGCCGCAACAAUUAUUUCUCUAUUAGAAAGAACCCCAUUAAUAGACACAUGGUCUCUUAAUGGACGAAAAUUAGAAGAAAUCGAGGGAAAUGUUAAAUUUACAGAUGUACACUUUCGAUAUCCAACAAGACCGCAUAUAAGAGUAUUAAAAGGGUUAAAUAUUGAAGUAAAACCGGGUCAAUACGCGGCAUUGGUUGGACCGUCAGGAUGUGGUAAAAGCACAACGAUUGGAUUAACAGAAAGAUUCUAUGAAACUACAGGAGGAAAAAUUGAAAUUGAUGGAAUCGAUAUUACUACAAUGAAUGUUAAUAAUCUAAGAGAGCAUAUUGCGUUAGUAAGUCAAGAACCAUCUUUAUACGAUAUGUCUAUUAAAGAAAAUAUAUUACUUGGUUGUAAACCAAAUCACAAUGCAACACAAGAAGAUAUUGAACGAGUAUGUAUUGAAUCCAAUAUUCAUGAUUUUAUUGUUUCAUUACCUGACGGAUAUGAUACAUUCGUUGGUGGUAAAGGAUCGCAAUUAUCUGGAGGUCAAAAACAAAGAAUUGCGAUUGCAAGAGCUUUAAUACGUAAUCCAAAGAUUUUACUAUUGGAUGAAGCUACUUCAGCCUUGGAUUCCGAAUCCGAAAAAGUUGUACAAAAGGCAUUAGAUGUUGCGGCAACGGGGAGAACCACCUUGGCUAUUGCACAUCGGUUGUCUACUAUCCAACACGCUGACGUUAUCUUUGUAAUUAAGGAUGGUAAAGUUGCGGAACAAGGAACUCAUCAAGAACUUUUAGCCAAAAAUGGAAUUUAUUUCAAUAUGGUUCAAGAGCAACAUUUAGGAGCUAAUGAAGAGUAA